AGUGAAGCUUAUAAGAGUCCACAUUAACUAGUAGUAUUCCAAAACAGACUAAAAACAGAGUAUUUAGAGAGAGAAACAAAAACAUAGAGAGAAAAAGAAAGAAAGAAAGAGAAAGAUGAGUACUAAAACUAAUGGAAGCUUAAAAUCAACCUCCUCUAAAAUCCCAGAUAUUAAGUUUACUAAGCUGUUCAUCAAUGGAGAAUUCGUCGAUGCCAUUUCAGGAAAAUUGUUUGAAACUAUAGAUCCAAGAAAUGGCGAAGUGGUAGCGAAGAUAGCCGAAGGAGACAAAGAGGACAUAGAUUUAGCUGUCAAGGCUGCCCGUGAUGCAUUUGACCAUGGUCCCUGGCCUCGUAUGUCUGGUCAUGCAAGGGGAAGAUUGAUGAUAAAAUAUGCAGAGUUAGUAGAGGAACAUGCCGAAGAAUUGGCAGCAUUGGAUGCAAUUGAUGCAGGGAAGCUAUUUGGCAUGGGAAAAUUGAUAGACAUCCCUAGUGGUGCAAGUAAUCUAAGGUACUAUGCAGGAGCAGCCGAUAAAAUUCAUGGUGAGACGUUGAAGAUGUCACGUGCGUUGCAGGGGUACACUCUACGCGAGCCUGUAGGAGUGGUAGGCCACAUUAUACCAUGGAAUUUUCCAACAAGUAUGUAUUUCAUGAAGGUGGCUCCUUCCUUGGCUGCUGGCUGCACCAUGGUGGUUAAGCCGGCUGAGCAAACCCCCCUCUCGGCUUUGUUCUAUGCUCACCUCUCCAAGUUGGCUGGUAUACCUGAUGGAGUCAUUAAUGUGGUCACCGGAUUUGGACCGACUGCUGGUGCAGCCAUAGCAUCCCAUAUGGACAUUGACAAAGUUAGUUUUACAGGGUCUACAGAAGUGGGACGACUAGUAAUGCAAGCAGCAGCAAUGAGCAACUUAAAGCAAGUUUCCCUUGAAUUAGGAGGAAAAUCCCCUGUUAUGAUUUUCGAUGAUGCUGAUGUUGAUGUUGCUGCUGAUCUUGCCCUCCGCGGCAUUUGCUAUAACAAGGGAGAGAUUUGUGUAGCUGGCUCUCGAGUUUUCGUUCAAGAAGGGAUUCAUGAUGCAGUAGUCCAGAAAUUGGCAGAGAAGGCUAAGAAUUGGAUUGUGGGAGACCCCUUUGAUGACAAUGUUCAUCAAGGACCACAGGUUGACAAGAAGCAAUUUGAGAAAAUACUUUCGUACAUAGAGCAUGGGAAGCGAGAAGGAGCUAACUUGUUAUGUGGUGGUAGUCGACAUGGAGAAAAGGGUUACUUCAUUCAGCCUACCAUAUUUACAAAUGUUCAGGACGAUAUGGUGAUAGCUAAAGAGGAAAUAUUCGGGCCUGUCAUGUCAUUGUUGAAAUUCAAGACUAUCGAGGAGGCAAUAGAGAGAGCAAAUAGCACGAAAUACGGGCUAGCAGCAGGGAUAGUCACUAAAAACAUCGACAUAGCAAAUACAGUGUCAAGAUCGAUUAGAGCCGGAGUAAUAUGGAUCAACUGUUAUUUUGCAUUUGAUCUUGAUUGUCCUUAUGGUGGGUAUAAAAUGAGUGGAUUUGGCAGAGAUUUAGGGAUGGAAGCUUUGUACAAGUAUACCAAUGUCAAGUCUGUUGUAACCCCUAUUUACAACUCUCCUUGGCUAUAAAUUUUAUACGACGAAGAUGAACGCCUUUUAUAUACAACUGGGGGAUAAAUUGAGGGAUGACUAAUAAAACUUUAGUUUCUUUGUAAUAUUUGGCUUAGGACAUUUUCCCGGGAAGAAAAAAAGUUAUAGGCUUUUGUAAGUUUGUUCUUGAGAAAGAGUUAUGGUACACAAAUAAUGGUGAAUUAAUUUCUUGUGUAAUGCAGUAUCAACAAGAUUGUGCUUGUAGUUAUAUAUGUACAAUGUAUAAAUACUACAUAAUUGAUAAUUGUAUCGUAGUUCAUCAAUAUAAGUUUAUGUACUUGUUUCUCUUUCUCCGUAA